AUCUUGUAUAAAUUAGGAAUAAUGAGGAAGAGAUUUACCAGUGAUGUAAUCAUUGUGAAUUGACUGACUGACUGAUUGAUUAACUGAUCGAUCGAUUGAUUGAUUGAUUGAUUGAUUAAGGAAUUGUGUCAUGGAUUAAACCCAGUUUGAUUACUUCUAAUUGGUUCUGUGUAACUUAACAAAUCAAGUAACACCUGUAGUAGUAGUAGUAGUUCCAUCCAUAAAAGGAAACACACACGCGGCAUUAGCCACCACUAACUUUCAUUAUAAACAACAACAACAACAGCAACAGCAACGUUUCAACGUUCAAUAUCACAUAUAAACUAAUUUGUUGUAAUACAUAAGAACGAUAAGAACAGAAUCACAAAUAUCACUUUCGUGUAUUCCUCACAUUUAACAAAUAUAUCUUUCACGGUUAGUAUUCUGUUCAACUGGCAAUGUGUAAAAGUUGGAUUUAUACAAUGUUAUUACUUUACGCCAGCGGACAUAUAACAUUUCAUGAAAUACUAGGCUCAUCACUGUCAUUCUGUUCACCGCCAGGAAAAUCCUGUUCAGUAUAUCGUCCAUGUUGUGGUAGAGACUGGGUGUGUAAUCGAGGAAGUUCUGCUGAAGGAACAUGUGUUCAAUGCGCUCAGUCGAAUAGUCCAUGUCAACAUGCAAAUGACUGUUGUCGAGGUGUAUGCGUAUACGGUACAUGUAAGCUGAUGGGAUUUUUAAGUGAAGGUUGA